AUGGCGACGGGCAGGAGGACAUACAAUGACGCCAUAGAUGCGCUCAACUCACUACAGACGCCCCAUGAGGUAAUAGAGGCCAGGCGCAAGGCCGGCGUGCGGCCCGAUGCUGCGUCCAUGGAGGAGAUGAGGGUUUACCUGGCCCGGAUAGGCUACUACCCCGGUGAUCUGGACCGCCUCAACAUCAUACACGUUGCCGGCACAAAGGGCAAGGGCAGCACGUGCGCCUUUGUCGAUUCCAUCCUCUCCAAGUACCGGCAAACCCAUCAGGUGCCGCGCAAGAGCGGCCUCUUCAUAUCGCCGCACCUCAUCGCCGUGCGCGAGCGUAUCCGCAUCAACUCGGCGCCGAUAUCCGAGGAGCUCUUCGCAAAGUACUUUUUCGAGGUAUGGGACCGGCUGGCGGAGUCCACCACGGCGGCGAAUGUCGUGCCGCUGGGCACGCGCCCGCUGUACGGCCGCUACCUUACGCUCAUGAGCUGGCAUGCCUUCAUCCAGGAGGGCGUCGAUGUGGCGGUCUACGAGACCGGUAUCGGCGGCGAAUACGAUGCCACGAAUGUGGUCGAGCAGCCGAUUGCCUCUGGUAUCAGCACCCUUGGCAUUGACCACGUCUUUGUCUUGGGCGACACAGUCGAGAAGAUUGCGUGGCACAAGGCCGGCAUCAUGAAGAUUGGCAGCCCGGCCUUUACCGUGGAGCAGGUCCCCGGGGCGGCUGCGGUUCUUCAGGAGAGAGCAAAGGAGAAGGAAGUCGACCUCAAGGUGCUUGACAUUGACAGCCGGCUGCGCAAUGUCAAGAUCAAGCCCAACGCGCAGUUUCAGAAAAAGAAUGCGACCCUCGCGAUUGCGCUGGCAGAGGCGGCGCUGAAGAAGCUGGGCGUAGAUACGACCGGGGGACCGGAUUUGCCUGCGGAGUUUGUCGACGGGUUGGAGCAGACGGUGUUCCGAGGUCGCUGCGAGGUCAAGUCAGAAGACAAGGUCACUUGGUACGUGGACGGCGCGCACACCUCAGACAGUCUGAAGAUGUCAUCGCGGUGGUUCGCCGACGAGACCGCCAGUCGGCCCGGCCCUCGCGUCAUGAUCUUCAACCAGCAAGGCCGCUCCGAAGCCGUCGACUUCCUCUGCUCGGUGCACAGCGCGACGCAGCGCGCGGCGAGCGGCUCAUCCUUUGACCACGUCGUCUUCUGCACAAACGUCACGUACGCCAAGACGGGCUACAAGCGCGACUUUGUCAACCACCAGAUCGACCCCAAGGAGAUUGAGAACAUGACGGUCCAGCGCCGCUUCGCCGACAAGUGGUCGGAGCUGGACCCCGAGGCCAAGGUGGUUGUCUUGCCCACCAUCGAGGAGGCGCUCGACUAUGCGCGGCACGUGGGCGAGGGACUUGGUCCCGGGGAGCAGGUGCAGGCGUACGUAACGGGGAGUCUGCAUCUGGUGGGGGGAGCGUUGGGGAUAUUGGAGCAGGCGGAUGCCUUGUAG